AUGGCAGAUAAUGUGACCCAUCACUACAUCUCAUCUUUCUUCCUGGUUGGUGUUCCUGGUUUGCAAGAUUUUCACUGCUGGAUCGGCAUUCCUGUCUGUCUUCUCUUUGCCUUCACCCUGCUGGAGAAUAAUGUAAUCAUUAUUACUGUCAAACUAGAGCCAAGCCUUCACCAGCCUAUGUACUUCUUCCUUUGCAUGCUAGCAAUGAAUGACAUGGCUCUUGCAUCUUCUACAGCUCCCCAAAUGCUUGCGAUCUUCUGGUUGGGUGCUCACAGGUUUGACUUUAAUAUCUGCCUAGCACAAAUGUAUUUCAUCCACACAUUUUGCAUUAUUGAGUCAGCCCUUCUAGUUGCCAUGGCCUUUGAUCGCUAUGUGGCUAUUUGUAUCCCUUUGCAUUAUGCAACUAUUCUAACAACACCCACUGUCAUCAAGAUGGGUCUUGCUGGUAUGACUCGAGCUAUCUUUACGGUUUUACCCUGCCCUCUUCUUAUUAAGAGACUACCAUAUUAUACCAAAUAUGUCAUCCAUCAUGCCUAUUGUGAGCACAUGGCUGUGGUGAAGCUGGCCAGUGCAAACACCCUUAUUAACAGAGCAUAUGGCAUCUCUGUGGCCCUUUCUGUGAUGGUUUUGGACCUAGGGCUUAUAGCCACAUCCUAUAUCAAAAUUCUCCAGGCAGUCUUCCGGCUCCCUUCUCAGAAUGCUCGCUCUAAAGCACUGGGCACCUGUGCUGCCCAUGUCUGCACUAUACUUGUUUCCUACACACCUGCACUAUUUAGUUUCCUAACUCACCGCAUUGGCAGGAAGGUACCCCCAAGUGUCCACAUAAUCUUUGCAAGUUUGUACCUUCUGGUGCCCCCAACAGUCAAUCCCCUAGUGUAUGGUGUCAAGACCAAGCAGAUCCGUGACCAAGUUAUAGGGCUUUUCUUCCCAAACAGGAUGAUUUCUCAAAAGUAA